AAUCUCAGACAGAGCUCUAUAAAAAAAUCUGCUCUCUCUCUCUCUCUCUCUCUCUCAUCUCCCACCGGCAAAACAAGAGAGAGAGAUGGCAGUGGUGAGACCUGCUAGAAGCGAUGCCCAUCUGACGUUGGAAGAAGAGGCGAAGAUAGAAGCAGAAGCGCGCGAAUGUUUCGAGGAGGUAGCACCGAAGCGCCACACCAAGCCUCAAAGGAGCGAUUACUCUUCUGACUACAAUGACGCCCUUGAAACCUCCGAUCCAAACGCCACCAUUCCCGAGCUCUCCAAGUUCCAAGAUCUCGAGUCCGAUUCCCAGAAACUAACGUACACUGCGAUCGAAGCAACGGAGGAAUACGUAGAGACGGACUACUACAAAGAUCUCAACUACGUAGACAAGCAGCACCAUACGACUGGAACGGGCUUCAUCAAGGUGGAAAAUGCGAAUGACAGUUACUUAAGUUUGGCGCCGGAUUCUGAUUCCUUCGACUGCCAUGCUUCUUGUAAGGGAAAUCCGGCAACAAAUGAAUGGAUUCCUGCUGCCGAUACUGUAAUCCCUCCUUCAGACAAGCCCAACAGGAGCGAUAAUUGAACGGUCAGAUCUUUUUCCGGCUAUCAGCACGGCAUUUUCCAGUCAUUGGUUCUUAAAUAACAGACGUCAGAUGUUGAUUCUUAGACAUCAGACGUUGUUGAGUGUGGCAGAUGAUUGCAAUUACUAAGAGUUUCUCUCUGAAAAAUCUCCAGCAAUUAGCAUUGGAUUAUGUUGCAUGUAAUAGAGUUUAAGCUGAGUAAUCUGUGCUUAAGCAUGCGAGCUAGCACGUGGGUGUACUCACGUGGAACAGCAAGAGAUUCGCAUGCUUGUGAACUUGUCUAUGUAUUAUUGUAGCUAUGGUAGGUUUGUUUUGGAGUUGGUACAAAUACAUGUGAUUUGAAUAUUUUAAAUAAGGUUGUUUGGAAGCUUGCA